AUGACUACAUUUGAGCACCUACCUGAUUUACUACCCCUUUUACCGUUCCGUCGGGGGAAGAAAGACUCAGUUGAUUGGACAUUGUGCAUCCGAUACAUUUCCAGCAACUUUACCAGCAAUUACACCUCCAAUGUGGAAUCCGCACUUCGUCAAAUGAAUUCGUUUCACCACACUAUCGUGCAAACUUGUCAUGAGGAUGCCACGCAAGCACCUACCGAGAGCUUCAUUGAGGAGAAACUCACUCCGUAUUGCAAGCUGGUGGCGAUGGUUCAGUCCCAUUUGCCUUUACAUGGGGGUCUGGUUCACGGUGAUUUACGCUUCAUUUGGUACGACAGUUUUGAUGGAACCAAAUAUGAAUCAAAAAACGCGAACCUGGAGUUGCUUUCUUGCGUCUAUAAUCUCGCUGCCUCGUGGGCUUAUAUAGGGGCCCAGCAGACUCGAGACGGGCUUGUGGAUAAACUGAAGGUGGCAUCUAAGGCAUUCCAGAAUGCCACCGGGUACUAUGAAAUGGCUGAAGGGCUUUUGAGUAGACUCCCACCGGAACUUGCAACUGGCGACCUCACACAUGAGUCACUAUCUUUGCUGAAAAGAAUUUGUGCUGCCAUGACGCAUCACUGUGCUUACCUGAAGGCAGAGAUUGAUAUGAAGGACAACCAUUCCGUGCUCUCAAAGAUUGCGCGCGAGGGGGGAAAAGUGUAUCAGAUAGUUGCUACAUCCCUGAAGGAAAGCGCGUGGUACACAAAUAGUAGAAGGGGGAGUAAGGCGGUGCUGCUUGAGCAGGAAUUACGGACUUUGUGUUGCGUGUUCAAUGCGCGGGCCCACCUACACGUCGCUGAAGUACACUCCAAUGCAAAUGAUCAAGGAAUCGCCGUCGCUCACUUUAAUGAGGCCCAGAAACAUCUGCAGCAAAUAGAGAAGUUACACAGUGUCGAGUUGCGGUCAUGGAUUAGUAGCAUCAUUAGCAAUGUGAAUAAAGGGAACGAGAGGGCGCUGUCAAUGAACAACACAGUUUAUUUCUGCCGGGUGCCGAAUGAAGUGGAGCCACCGGCGGGCCUUCCACGGCCGUUGGGCAAAGCAACGGAGCACCAAAGUUUUUUUGCAUUUGAAUCUACGCGCGAAAAUGAUCCAUUAUUUGGUAUUGUUCCCGCGCACAUUGCUUCCACCGCCGCUGGGUGGCGUGACCGGCAGAGGAGUCUUGUCUCUGCUUGUUCCACUUCCUCCAGAUCAACACGAAAGAGGGCGGCAGAGCUUUUACAGCGACUCGGCGUGACCGCCGUUAUUGAAGUGCUUUCCGGGGAAACCAAAGACCGCGGCCGAGUGCCGGCACAACUGCGCAGUAAAAUCGAGUCCCUUCGGCGAAAUAAGGCGGGCGAGGCUGUCAACAUCGUACAGACGCUGGUAAACAUGGUAAAAAUUUGUGACAAAAUUUAUGUCUCGGUACAGGAAGUGGUGAAAAAAGUAAAAAACGAACUCGAAGAGGAGCGUCGGCGGGAUGCACAAUAUAUGGAGACAUACGGCAAUAGUAUGUGGCGUGGUAUGUGCUGCUCCGCAUCUGAGGUGCAGCAGUACCACUCCAUCCAAGUGGCCAUUGGGAAGUAUGAAGAGGAUCUGCAACGCGAGUUGGUAGAGCCAUUUGGUCAAGCAAAAAUUGUCUUGGAUGAAAACUUGAAGUGUCUAGGAAGGUUGGACUGGCCUAUGGAAGAUUUGGAUGCCCUUAUGCCUUUUACGAAGACUGAGGACGUCCGUCAACAGAGUGAAAAAGUGCUGCAGCAAAUCGAGAGACUAAAGAAGUUGACGGCUUGCAUACAUGAACUUGAGGCGAGCCAGAACAACCGACUUCAGGAGUUGGAACAUGCUCUUGAAACGGAUGACGUGGCACGUGCUCUCUCCGCUGUGGAGGAAAGCCAGUACCAAGUCGUGAUGGCGAAGGAGUCGAAGAAAAUAAGUGAUAUGAUUGAUGGAGUGAGCAGUAGUGUGCGGAAGGAAGAAGAGGUACUUAGGGAAAUUGAGGAGGUGGUGGAAAGUUUAGCCGUCCUUCGGAGCUCGGACCCUAUUCUCGAGGAAGCGGAAAAGGUGUGCAAUACACUUGAGUGCGGUUGCUCUGCCUACGCUGAACUUCACCGUGACUUCAGUAAUAUUGUGAAAAAGGGCUCCGCUAUAUUGAAGGGGCUGGAGGUCGUACUCAGCAGCGCGAAGUCGUUCGUGGCGACACGCAAGUCCGAGGCGGAACAAAUCCGAGUUUCACUCGACGAACAAAUAGCACACAAGAUUGCAGAGCUAGAGCACAAAAAGGAAAGCGAAAGGGCUGUUGAGGAGUCACAACGGCGACAGGAGGAACUUCAACUUCAAGUUCAGCUCCUUGAGCGUCAGCUUGAUCCGCAGAGGUCGGAACGUAUGGCGGAGGUACUGCGACGACAGCGUGAGGCGGCAGCCGCGUUCUCAAGCACUUCCGCGUCACUUCCCCCAUCAAACAUGUCAGGUGUUGAUGCCCCACCAGCGUAUGAUUUCGUUGUGAAUAACGUCCACCCUAACGUGCCCACACACACCCAUCCGCCGCAGUACUAUGCACCUCAUAAUCCCUUAUCUUAG